AUGAAAUACAACAUAGAUAUUCACCGACUUCCUACAGAUUUGAAAGCAUUGUCACCUCAAUAUGUGGUUUCAGAAGCACUUAUAUACCGCGUCGUGCUUAGUCGAGAAGAAGCUGAUGCGUUUUUAACAGUAGUUCGAAGAGGAAAUUUUGAUUUUGGAAUUCUUGUUGGGGUCUUGGAACAAAAAAUUGCAAAAGUGGCAUAUGAUGCGGCUGAUGAUUCAGGAGGCGAUAUUAUUGUUACUUUGUAUACUAGAAUGUGUCAAGAUAUUAAGAGGUUGAUCGCUGAUAUUUACGAUAAUAUCGCAUCCUGA